AUUUCACCAAACCCUAAAUCCUUCUUUUAGAAAUACCAUAGUCCUUCAAAACCCAAUAACUGGAUAUGACUCUCAACUUGCCAUUCCAGGGCCACCAUAAUAAAUCUAUUCAUUCAAAACAGGACGAUAUGAAUCUGCAGCACUCAUGAAUUUCAGAGGAGAUAUUGUUUACAAGAGAAGGUCUGUCAAACCAGUAGCAACUGAUAGUGAUAGAAAAUUUCUCAUCGAAUUCAUCAUCACUACUUAUUUGGGACCUGAUGUCAAGUUUGAUGAUCCAAGAUGUUCUGUUACCCAAAGACUAAUGGCUGGAUCCCCACAGUACACAUUGGGCGAUUUGGGAUCUUCAUAUGUUACCGUUUCUUUCUUGGAGAGAUUGUACUACUAUGUCCUCAGAUAUUCUCGUCCUGAACAUGUCUUAGAUCUUAAUAUGUUCCAUAUGUAUCUGAAGGGAAAAUUAUUUUUGCCCUCUACUGAUUUUACACCAGAUAGUAAGCAGUUCACCAGUUUUUUCCCUUUGGAUCUGCAUGAACAGAAAUGGUACCCUGAUAGCUUCAGAAUUAUUAAAGGGAUUGUUUUAAUUGAUGAUCCUUCUACUGAAUGCAUCAAAGAGAAGGAUUUAAAUAGAUUCAAGUCUUUAACUGGUCUCAGCACUCUCGAGUUAAAUCUUACUGAAUGUUUGGAAAAUGAAGGUGGUCACAAUUGCAAGAACAAAAGACAGGAGAAUCUUACUGAAUGUUUGGAAAAUGAAGGUGGUCACAAUUGCAAGAACAAAAGACAGGAGAGUAUUCAAAAUAUGGAAUGUGAAUCAGAAAAGCUUCAAGAAGGACACAAGAGAAAACAUAUUGAUGAUACACGGCCAAUGCCAGACCCUGUGCUCCCUACAAAACAUAAUGUCAAGGUUCAUCCUUCCAAUAGCACCUGCAAAUCUAAUGGGCCAAUAUUCAUGCCCCUUCUAUCUGUUCCUCCUGAUACUGCAGUAGGGAAUCAGGAUUGUUCUCUUGUUUUAACAGGGACAGCCAGUAAAGGAUUAUUUGGUCCAUCUGUUGGUAUUGUGGAUAUUGGUAUUGGUGAAAUGGCAUAUCUAUUCCGAGUUUCCUUGCCAGGGGUUCAGAAAAAUUUCACAGGUACGGUUAGUUGUGAUGUUCAAUCUAAUGGGAGGGUUCUGAUCAAAGGGGUGGUAACUGGUGGAAAAACGAUAAGAAAACAAGCACGAGUUUUUCAGAUGAAAAUUCAAAAGUUAUGUCCACCUGGACCAUUCACACUUUCAUUCAAUCUUCCGGGACCUGUUGAUCCAAGACUCUUCGUGGCUAACUUCAGGGCUGAUGGCCUUUUGGAAGGAAUUGCAGUCAAGCAGUAGUUAAGGGGCAAGAGUUGGGAAUCAAGCUUUUUUUAAGGCCAGAAACCAGAUAUGUCUCUUUCAGAGAAUUGUUAAUGACCUAAUUUUGUUGGUAACUGUUAUUAGAAGAAUUAAUAUGUUUUUGCAGAGGGAGGCUUUGAUUAUUGUUUAAUCAAAGGGGUGAAUGUCUAACUAGGUGAUGGGAAUUGGAGUUGUUUAGUAUCAUUUAUUGAAAGUCUAUCCUAGUUGGUGGAAAAAUAUCAUUUGAAUUUCAUUACCUUCUACCUCGUUCAACUUUCACAUUUGCACACAUCUAAUGAGGAAAGUAUAGAACAAACUUUGUGAAAGAUAAGGUUAUUAGUCUAUCAUGUGGUCUUUAGAGAAUAUUAAAAUGAUAAUUAGAUUUCUUUUUAUGAUAUAUGUUGUGUGGUCUAAAUUGUUAUAAAGAUCUAGUUGAAGUUGUAA